AAAAAUAUCUUUCAAUUUGGUCGUGUACUUCAAUUCUUCACUCUCUCCAUCCUUAUCCCCUCACUUUGGUAUUAACUUUCAUUCAACUUUUUAAUUAAUUUGAUUGAAUUCGACAUAUAUAUAUACACCAUCAUACCAUACAUCAAAUUCAUUUUUUGCAUGUUGAUCAUGUAGAGAAAAAUAUGGAGUCAAAGCAACAUGCACAAACUAACAAGUCAUCCCCUUUGUUCCAACCGGGUCAAAGGGAUAUCCGUGGAUCACUUGAAGUAUUCAACCCGUCAACCCACCAAACCACCGCCCCGUUCCGGUCACAACCCACAUGGCGGAACUGGGUGGAGUCACCACAAAACCACCCAGAACCACCACAGUCAACAGAGGUCAAUGUGAGCCUCUCAGCUUCUCACUCUGGUAGACUUCCAGCUGCUGAGAUCAAGUCAUGGAUGGCUCUUAAAGAUCCAAACCCGUAUGAGGCGCUUCCAGUGAUGAUGGCGCCUCAGUCGCCAUCUUUUGCUCAGAGUUCCACAAGGACGGCGGUGCAGGUUGCUCCGCCGUCACCUGGCGGAAUAGUGGGUAAGGCUGAGCAAAGAGCGGCGGAGUGGGGAUUGGUUUUGAAAACCGACGAGGAGACUGGGAAGCCAAAGGGGGUUAAAGUUCGAACCUCCAGCGAGGAUCCGAAUGCUAAACCGGGUUCAAACAGGAGGGAUUCGGGUAACUCGGUUCAGAGUUCUAGUGAUAUAUCAGAUGACGGAUUGGAUGCAGGAAAAGAAAGAGGAUUCCCUAGAGUAUCCGAGGACUUGAAGGAUGCAUUAUCGACAUUUAAACAAACGUUUGUGGUUUCUGAUGCCACAAAACCAGACUAUCCGAUUUUGUAUGCGAGCGCUGGCUUCUUCAAGAUGACGGGUUAUACUUCUAAGGAAGUAAUCGGUCGAAACUGCCGGUUCUUACAGGGUGCAGACACGGACCCAGAAGAUGUGGCUAAAAUUAGGGAGGCGUUGCAAAAGGGUGCGACAUAUUGUGGUAGACUCCUCAACUACAAGAAAGAUGGGUCCCCUUUUUGGAACCUUCUCACUGUUUCACCCAUCAAAGAUGAAUCCGGCAACAUCCUUAAAUUCAUUGGAAUGCUGGUAGAGGUGAGCAAGCAUACCGAAGGGGCGAAAGAGAAAAUGAUACGCCCUAACGGGUUGCCUGGAUCCUUGAUUCGAUAUGAUGCCAGGCAAAAAGAUAUGGCGACAAGUUCGGUUGUCGAGUUAGUGGAGGCAGUGAAACGACCUAGAUCAUUCAGCGAGUCAACCCAAAGCCACCCAUUUGCGACAGCAGCAAAAACCAAUAGCGACCAAGACCAAUCCGACAUUUUAAGUUUAGGUCGCAGAAAAUCCGCGGAAACUACGUUACCUCGGCCACCACCCCCUCACCGACGGAAUUCACAUGCCGGUAUCAUACCAAUGCAGCCAAUCAACGAACUCCAAGAAAAGAAGCCAAAAAAAUCAAAACGGCUAUCGUUUGUCGGGAUUAAGAAGAAAAACCGGAAAAGUAGUGAAGAAUUUGAUGACGGAUUCGACGGAGAUGUUAACAUUCAGGAUACCGACGGUGAGGCAGACGAUGAAGAUGAUUUUGAGAAUAAAAAGGAUUGCUCAAGGCCAGAAAGUUUAGACGACAAAGUACGAAAGAAGGAAAUGAGAAAGGGUAUUGAUUUAGCGACAACGCUUGAACGUAUCGAGAAAAACUUUGUGAUCACUGACCCACGACUUCCUGAUAAUCCCAUUAUUUUUGCAUCCGAUAGCUUCUUAGAGUUGACAGAGUUUAGUCGUGAAGAGAUCCUGGGAAGAAAUUGCAGGUUUCUUCAAGGGCCUGAAACUGAUCCAUCAACCGUGAAGAAAAUUCGAGAUGCAAUCGAUAACCAAACCGAGGUUACCGUACAACUCAUCAAUUAUACGAAAAGCGGCAAAAAGUUUUGGAACUUGUUUCAUCUGCAACCUAUGCGUGAUCAAAAGGGAGAAGUACAAUACUUCAUUGGAGUGCAAUUAGAUGGAAGUCAGCAUGUUGAGCCACUACACAACUGUAUCCCUGAAACCACUGCUAAAGAUGGUGCAAUUCUGGUGAAAGAGACCGCUGAAAACGUCGAUGUAGCAGUACGAGAACUUCCGGAUGCUAAUAUGUCCCCGAAUGAUCUAUGGGCGAAACACUCGAAUAAAGUUCACCCAAAGCCUCAUAGAAGGGAGACAUCAGCAUGGAAGGCUAUUUUGAAGAUUACUGAGAGCGGAGAAGAGUUGGGGCUGAAGCAUUUUAGGCCUGUAAAACCUCUUGGAUCCGGCGAUACGGGUAGUGUUCAUUUGGUUGAGUUAAAUGGAACAGGGGAAUUUUUCGCGAUGAAAGCGAUGGACAAAAGUGUCAUGAUAAACCGUAACAAGGUGCAUAGAGCAUGUGCGGAAAGAGAUAUCUUGGAUGUCUUAGACCAUCCUUUUCUUCCAGCAUUAUACGCUUCAUUUCAGACACCAACUCAUGUUUGUUUGAUCACUGAUUAUUGCCCUGGUGGAGAACUUUUUAUGCUUUUAGACAGACAACCGAUGAAGGUCUUGAAGGAAGAUGCAGUCAGGUUCUAUGCUGCGGAGGUGCUUGUGGCGUUAGAAUACCUUCAUUGUCAAGGUAUUAUAUACAGAGAUCUAAAGCCAGAAAAUGUAUUGAUACAAAGCACUGGACAUGUAGCUUUGACAGAUUUUGAUCUUUCUUGCUUGACAUCAUGCAGCCCUCAGCUUCUAGUUCCUGAAAUAAGUGAUAAGAAGAAGAAAAAGAAGAACAAAAGAGGUCAACAACCUCCAAUUUUCAUGGCCGAACCGGUUCGAGCAUCAAAUUCUUUCGUGGGAACUGAAGAAUACAUCGCGCCGGAGAUUAUAAGUGGAGUUGGACAUUCUAGUGCAGUAGAUUGGUGGGCUUUUGGUAUUCUUCUCUACGAAAUGUUUUACGGGUACACACCAUUUAGAGGAAAGACGAGGCAGAGAACGUUUGCUAAUGUUCUUCAUAAAGAUCUCAAGUUUCCUAGUAGCAUAUCGGUAAGCCUUCCAGCCAAACAAUUGAUCUAUAGAUUGUUGCAUAGAGAUCCAAAGAACCGGUUGGGAUCACGCGAAGGUGCGAGUGAAGUGAAACGACACCAGUUCUUUCGGGGCAUCAACUGGGCUUUAGUUCGGUCCCAGAACCCUCCUAAGCUGGAGACUCCUAUAUUUGGAGGAGAUGAUGAAGAGAAAGUUAAAGAGCAUGACCUUGGACUUCAAGAUUUGGUGGAUAAUGUUUUCUGAGAUUUCUGGAAACAUUUUGUGUGUAUUAACUUUUGCUUAAUUUAAUUUCUGAAUUUCACUCAAACAAGGGUUUAGAUUGUUAAUUUUAUAUUCUUGAUAUUUUUCGUUAUUAAUUCAUAGCUUCAAGAAAUAAAUGAAAUCUUUACUAUC